AUGGAUUUGGAAACAGCACGCGCAAAUUAUCCAAACAGACUAGAGAGGUUAGAAGAAGAACGUCUUAUGGACAUGCCUUUCGAUGUUUCUGAACCGCAAGUUGAAGGACACGACGGCUUUGCCAGAUUCUAUUGGAAACAUGACGAACAAUUGUAUCCUUUGAGAAGGAAAAAAGGAAAAGGUGAAGACAAACAUGCUCCCAUGGAAAGAACAAGAUAUGCAUAUGAAAAGUACCGUGAAGUUAGAAGUCAAAUUACAUCUGGUCGAACCUUUACAGUAAACUUUGACGAAGGAAAGAACAAAGAAGGCUUCAUGGGAGUACUUGCUGCAAUUCAAGACGGAAAUAAGAAAGGAUACAAUCUCAGAUUGACCAUAACAGAUUUGGAUGGUCACAUUUACUAUGCACAUGGCAAUGUCACAACAGCUGCAAUGCUUCUUGACGCUUUCAAGACUACAAAGAGAGAACAAAUGGUUGACUCCGACUCAGACAUUUUGAAUGCAAUUGAAGGAAUUGCAAGUGUAAAAUUUGAAUGGUACCAACCUAACCCUCAAGCAGUCAGACAACAUGCUGGAUACUUCCCGUUCAUAAAUAAGUCUGACAUUGACUUGACAAGGUAUGGAAUUUACAAUUCAAUUGAAAAAAUUGUCAAUGAACCUUGUAUUCUUACAUGUCUCAGGAACUCUGGUCUUGUUACAGAUGAGAAGAUGAAGUAUCUUGAGUCAUGUGUGAAGACAAGGUACAUUCUCAGAGGUCAAUUGGCAAAAAUUGCACCGUUGGCAAAUGUCAAUAUCCGAGUUAACAUACCUACAGCUAAAGGUUCUUCACAUGACGACUAUGUUGUUGACAAAGACUUACCAUGGUUGAAGAUUGCAAUUGUCCACAACCACUUCAUGUUGAACGAAAGUCUUACAAACCCAUUCUUUGGUAAAAGUAAGUGCAACAUUGUCAGAGCUGUAAACAUUCUUUUCGAGAAAGGUUUGUUGGAACCAAUUCCAGAUGACAAACUGACAGAAACUUUUGUACCAAAAGACGAAACAAACUUUUCAUUGUUAGCAAGACCAAAAGUUGUUCCAGACAAAGUUCUAGCACAAAAGAAGUACACAGUUCCAAAAGGAGUUGGAUUGUUCGGAUACCAACCUGAACCAGAAGAACUUCCAAUGAG